UUAAAUUCGAGCCCUAAAAAGCUCAACCAGCCUCAUUUCUAAGGUCUAACUAAGGGACCAGGGAAAUAAUGGUGAAGACCCUUGUUUGACUCAUGUCAGUCAGUGCAUUUUCGCCAAAAAUUCAACAAUACCUGAGGUCAUUAUGGAUAAAAAUUCACAGUUGCGAGAAAUGAACCUCUCCCGAGCACCAGCCGCUCGUGCGGCAAGGACACUCGAUAGGUCCCUCUUUGCAAAAACUCUUAACGCUGCGGCGGCUUCUAUCAAGGAGAAUAAGCUGCUGUCCAAGUAUCGAAAGGAGCUUGAGAAGACAAACGAGGUUUUAUUUAUGGAGAGAUUUAAUCCCAUCUUGCCUGAUCCAGACCCGUCACUUGCUUCUCAGGGCAAAAAAUGUAUCGUGUUGGCUCCUCAGAUUAAGUCUACGUGUAAGUUGUAGAAUGUCCGACGAAAUGGUUGUCAAGUACGCUAAUCAUAAAGACAAUAGCCCCAGACACAUGGAGUCCCAUCCUCAAAGAAGCCUCGAAAGUCGGUGACAUUACGGUGGUGCCGUAUGAUAUUGAAAUCGGAUAUGAUUCUUGGUCUUAUCGUACGUCUGCACACAUGCCUUAUUCACAGGCGGACACUGACAAGUACGAGUUGAUGUUAUGAAAUCCAUUCUUCCGGAUGAACUUCACGAGGAAAUCCCAAGCGGUUUCAAUACCGUGGGACACGUCGCCCAUCUCAACAUCCGUGAUCAGUACCUACCUUACAAGAACAUUAUCGCCCAAGUACUUCUAGACAAGAACCCUCACAUCAAAACCGUUAUCAACAAGAUCGAUAAUGUCGGCUCAGAGAACGAGUUCAGGACCUUUGCCUACGAAGUCCUUGGUGGUCCUGAUGAUAUGAACGUGGAGGUGAGCGAGGCUGGCUGCGUUUUCAAGUUCGACUACUCCAAGGUAUACUGGAACAGCAAGCUCGACACAGAACACAAACGGAUUGCAGGACUUUUCAAGCCUGGAGAGGUUGUUGCAGAUGUCAUGGCUGGUAUUGGACCCUUUGCGGUGCCAGCUGGCAAGAAGGGCGUCUUUGUCUGGGCCAACGACAAGAACCCAGAGAGUUACCGCUACCUUGAGGAAGCGAUCCGCAGAAACAAGGUCUCGGAGUUUGUCAAGCCCUUCAACUACGAUGGCCACGACUUCAUCCGCACAUCCGCAGACCUUGUCCUGGAGGCAUCAAAGCGCGGUGACUGUGCCGUCAUCAAGCCUCCAAGGCAACCAAGAAACUCUACGGCUCCGCCCCCGGAGCCUGUCCGAGUACCCGUGCCACCAACGAUCUCACAUUUUGUCAUGAACCUCCCGGCAUCCGCAAUUGAGUUCACUCACAAUUACCGCGGUCUGUACCACGGCCACGAGGAGCUGUUUGAGCCUCACACCGAGACCAAGCUGCCCAUGGUGCACGUGCACUGCUUCUCGGUCAAGGCUGAUGACGAGACACCCCUCAUGGACAUCUGCGAGCGGAUACGUAAAGAGAUUGGCGUCUUACUCAGACCGGGAGAUCCCGAGAACCAAGGUGAGGUGCUCAUCUACGAUGUGCGAGAUGUCGCUCCAGCAAAGAGAAUGUUUUGCGCUUCAUUCCGUCUACCACGUGAGGUUGCCUUUGCCGAGAGGGCUUAGACGGGGUCGGUCGAUGUCGAUAUUGAUGGCGCCGGCAGAUCUCGGGCCCCGGGUGGGACUUGUCGGCCGGGCGAACGGCCGGAGGGGUCUUCCCUGUGCGGUGUGUUGUGUGUCUGUCACUACUCUACUCUACUGUACUGUAACGUAUCCGCGCCGCGAUAGGAUAUCGAUUGACCUACCAAAUGCAGUACGAGGCCGGAAACUCAAAAGGAACGGACCAAGGCGCCUAGACUUGCGACGAAUGCAACUCUACUGUACAGUCAAGAAUAGAGUCGCAUUUGUCGGGAUAUGACCGUCGAUAAUGAGGCGCUUACUUAUCGCUGAUAUCUUGUCGUCUCCAAGACCCCCAGCCAAGCCAAUUAGUGGCUGGGUAAGUUUUACCGUGAUCCGUUCAGGCACGAUGACGCUCUCAUGAUAGAUGAUAAGUCAAUGCGGUAGGGAGAGCCGCGAUAACGGUCCUGCGGGGAUCCUUUGAACCGUUACAAAGCAGAACAUGACAGAGCCAGAACAGAUUUGCGUGCAGCCGGUCAGCGCAGUUCGGGGGUAUCCUGGCAGAUCGACGGUGCAUCCAACUUAUGAAAACUCCUCCAUUUGCUUGUUUCGUGAGCAAAACAAGCUCACAAGGCGCCAUGCGUGGCUGACAAGGUCAAGACGUGGCACCCCCCUCACAAUUGAACAUGAGCAUGAACCCCUGGCAUCCCUGCUCACACUCGCACUCGUUGGUGGGAACGGGUUGUGUUGCCCAUCUCAUCAGCGACGGCAUCUUAUCUUGGACACCCUUAUACGUCCGGACACCUGACUUCUUGUUGAACAACGCAGACACACCCCUCAAGCUGCUCUGGUCUGCAUCCUCGCACUCUUUGGUUUCACGGCAUCACCGUUGGACUGCAGUCUGCAGUGUAGUGCGUCGCGCAUGCAUUGGAGCUGACGCGCGCCCCUGUUGUGUAACUUGGAAGAACCGAGCCAAGGCUGCGGAGACCAUCAGAGAUCGCAGAGGCAAAUCAAUCGCUCUGAGACAUUCAAAUCGACAGCGAAUGACAAGACAAUUAUUCAGGGUUCUUCUGCACGUUCUGAAAGACACACAUGCUGUGGGCUCUGGGUGUGGCUGCAUAUUGUCAAUGUCAGUGUUAGUGUUAGUCAUGUCAUGAUAUCAAAUUUCAAUUUCGCAACCUUGUUGAGUAUCUUUUUCCUUCAUCAGGGCCCCUUCUUCAAAGGAACCAUUUUUGUUCUUCCUCUUUCAGUGAUGUGCUUCCAUAACAUCUUCGAGCCCCUGGUCUUCCCGCCAUCCCGACCCCAAAUCCAGGGCUACCUCGAAAUCUAGGCGACCUCGGUGUGGUAUUCCGUAACCCUACGCGCAGGUAGGGGUGCUGCCAUCCCACGCAAAUUCCCCUGACCGAUCUGCCAUACGCACAUCCUUCAGCCAUAAAUCAUGUCUGCAAAUGCAAGCCAUGGUUGCGUUGCGUUAUCAGCAAGAUACCAAAACACAACACCAUGAGGCACGGUGCCAUACGAUCUUCGCAGCAUCGAUUUGAAGAAUUGAGAUAGCACCAAGCUGGAAGCUUAUCAACUCAAGUUGAAAAGGGACAGUCUUAAAUACUUGCUGAAUUGACAGGGUGCACUCGGCGGAGAAUCUCAAAAUCCACAAAGAAACCGAAAUGCAAAGCAACCCGAGCGUGAUGAGACAUAUUUGGCGAAAUGUUACCAAAUUUUGCAAAUUCUAAUGCCAACUGUGUAAACGGUGGCGAGAAAUAGCCCAUGCAAAUGAUUCCUUAAGCUUGUCGUCCAAGCCCUCGGGGCGGGUCCGGGAUUUCUUCAUCAAAUGCAAGAGAAGCCAUUCGGAAAUCACAAACCUCAUACUCACACCCAAUUCAGUCCAACUCGUUGAUCCUCUGAGGCGGCCCGUCGCAUAUCAUCUAUAGCUCAGGUAAAUAUAUGGUUGAUAUUUUAACCUGGUGGUCUCUAUCUUCCCCUCACAGAUAUCAGCGCAGGGCCAUGCUGCAAGUCCGAAGAACGGGUUGCGGGAACUGCAACCCACGGAGGGAGGCUCUGGAUGGAAUUAUCUGGUAUUCGGGUCCAUAUGCAACGCACAUCACGCAUCUACAUCAAACGGCCAUCUCCAAUUAGGCUCUGCUGCAGCGCCUCGGGAACCAGGGUCUGCGAGAAUGGGGUGUGGAGUAUAGUAUCGAGAUGAGGAAGCGAGAAGUGGACAGUCAAGCCAGUUAUGAAUGAGGCUGAAGACGUGAGUACACAGAGAAGCGACUCCCUUCAAGAUAGGGUUGCAAUGGAGUUGCCGUGGGUGUUUCGAUAACAUGGAUCCAUGACUGGGGUGAUAAGUCAAGUGGUGGCAUGUCCUAACAAGAUUCGCUGGCUUCGCGCCAAGUAUGAGAGGAUCGAGCUCGUCACGAUCAUAGGGUUGAAAGUUCCCGAUUCUCCAGGGGCUUUCUCGCCAACGGGUAUUGGUAAUAUCCCAAUUCAUGAUCCUGUUGGCCCUCGUAUCGUGGCAUACCUCACUGAAGGAUGCACAUGAAUGAACCUUCACAUGCCAAAGUGUGGCUUCUAUUGAUAGAUCCGAAUCUUGUUGGUCAAUCCAAGCACUGGAGCCACAUCACUAGGAAGAAACGAGUGUCGAAUGCAGAAACUCCAACAGGCAGCCACUUUGGGGCCAUUCAAGAACCACAAAUUACCC